UCCCAAGGUCAUGGGUUGCAUUCAGUAGAGCUACUUUGCUUUCCUGCAAUGGCAAGAAAGGUUGCUUACACAGGAAAUUCAAAUAAAUACGUAGUUAUUUGUUAGUGACUCAGAGAUUAAACAGAAGUAACAGUGGGGAACCAUCUUGGUUUGUAUAUUAAGAUUUCAGGAAAUCCAGCUGACUUCAGCUAAUCUUUCUUCUAAGCAAUGCCCUUCUUACAGGAUAAUCCAUUUGAGAUCCAGAAGUGAACUCCAAGCCUCGAAAAAUGACUUGUAUUUCUUGCAACCUCUAAAAACUGCGUAUAAAACAAAGAAAAACAUUCACUAACUCCACAAAAAGAAACCAGGAUGAAAUUCACACUUUUCUUCUGCAUUUUCCUGUGCCCUUGCAUCACUAUCUGCUUGGCAGAUAGCGAUAAUCUUCAGGAUACUUGCCCAACAGCUACUAUAGGCAUGCAAACUGUCUUCAUCAAUGGCUUCCCUUGCAAGAACCCAAACAGCGUCGUUGCUUCAGAUUUCAAGUCAUCAAAACUGAGUCAUCCUGGUGACACAGGCACUUUCUUCCGUUCAUCACUUACCCUUGACAUGGCUGCGGAUUUCCCAGGUCUCAACACUCUCGGCCUCUCAAUAGCUAGGACUGACCUUGAAGUUGAAGGUUUGACCAUGCCCCAUUCCCAUCCAAGAGCAUCGGAGAUAUUCUUCGUUAGCACAGGUGUGGUGUUUGCUGGCUUUUUCGACACUCAAAGCAAACUGUUCUCAAAAAUUCUCAAGCCAGGAGAAGUUUUUGUGGUUCCUCAAGGUCUGCUCCACUUUUUCAUCAAUACUGGCGAUGAGGCUGCAGUUAUUUUCUCUGUACUUAAUAGCCAGAACCCAGGGGUGGUAAAGAUUUCCGGUGCAUCGUUUGAGCCUGAUGAUGAGGAAAUGGUAGAUAAACUAGUAAGGAAAAUAAAAUCUGCUGCUGCCUUGGAGGGCAAAGCAUCUAGCAUUCAGAAUGUGACUCCGACUGACUUUUAACAUAUUCACAGUCAGUAAUCAGAACAUUGUAAGUCAUUACAUGACAUGUGAGCUAAGUAUAAACCUAUUUCUGUGUGUUUUCUAUAGUUAAAAGCACACUAUUUGCUCAAGAA